GUUCACUGAGUGUACGAUUAGGGCGUUGUUUUCAUUUCUAAUUGGAUAGUAUAUUUUUGCACUUAGUAGCGUUAGCUUUCCUUCCAUCCAGAGCAGUCGUGUGAAGAUUGAGGUAAAGUAACUAUGUCAACAAUUGAAGAACGUACGGCUUAUGAAAAGAAUCCAUAUUUUACUGGACAUAUCUACGGAAAUUUCUCCCCUUUUUAUGUGACGAUCGCUGUCUGUACUGUCGUACUUGGUUCCAUUAUCAUUUUAAAUAUAAUAUUAGGGUGUUGCUCCAAACAUCGUAAAUAUUGGCAGGAUAGGCACACAGGUAACCGAUGGUUGGUUUCCAUUUGGUCAGCUACGCCACAUUUGCAGCCACCCUUGGACUUCACAGAACUAAAAGACGCCUCAUAUUUUGAACGAUUCUACCCGAAAACGCAUAUCUUCCGCGAAGAUAUCGAAGCACCGGAAGUACACGUGCAACAGCAAAUACAAAUUGAGCCACCUUCUCAUCAAUUGCAACAACAAAGACCACAACGUCCGCAAGGCCGUACAUUACAUCAACAACGACAACGUGAAGAAUACGUUGAGCUGCAGAAGCGUGAAAGCGAUAUCUAAAUCAGAUAACGGUAGAAAGA